GAGGGACGGAGGGUGGGAGGGAAGAGGCUCCUCUUACAGCUGGGUUUGUUUACCGCUCAAGCCGAGUCUUAAAUAGAUGUCUGCGCGGAAACCCUGAGAGGGGGCGGAGGUAGAAGGGGACGCGUUACUUUGGGAGACAUGAAUAAUCUCAGAAGUAUACAGUGCGAGGUCGAGGCAGCAGAGAGCGAGGCUGGAGGGCGUGUGUGGCUUCGCUCAGCCCCUCUCAAGCCGCCCCCGGCUCCCUUUCUUCCCAAAACAAAAUAUGGCCGAAACCGGGGGAGGUUUUCUGGAGCAACUCAAGUCUUGCAUCAUCUGGUCCUGGACGUACUUGUGGACUUUCUGGUUCUUCGCCAUGCUUUUUCUCGUCUACAUCUUGAGGGUGCCUUUGAAGAUCAAUGACAAUCUGACCUCAGUGAGUAUGUUUUUGAACACAUUAACACCCAAAUUCUACGUUGCCUUGACAGGCACUUCUUCGUUAAUCUCAGGGCUUAUUUUGAUAUUUGAAUGGUGGUAUUUUCGGAAGUAUGGAACUUCCUUCAUCGAGCAAGUCUCUGUGAGUCACUUGCGCCCUCUACUGGGUGGGGUGGACAAUAAUUCCCCCAGUAGCUCAAAUACAAGCAAUGGGGACUCAGAUUCAAACCGACAGAGUGUUUCAGAAUGUAAAGUCUGGCGAAAUCCCUUAAAUCUGUUUAGAGGAGCUGAAUAUAACCGAUACACCUGGGUGACUGGAAGAGAACCAUUGACAUAUUACGAUAUGAAUCUUUCAGCACAAGAUCAUCAAACAUUUUUCACAUGUGAUACUGACCAUUUAAGGCCUGCAGAUGCCAUAAUGCAAAAGGCUUGGAGAGAAAGAAACCCACAGGCCAGAAUUUCUGCAGCACAUGAAGCUUUAGAAUUAAAUGAAUGUGCCACUGCUUACAUUCUCUUGGCAGAAGAGGAAGCAACAACUAUUGUGGAAGCAGAAAAACUGUUUAAACAGGCUCUGAAAGCAGGUGAAGGCUGUUACAGACGUAGCCAACAAUUACAGCAUCAUGGUACCCAAUAUGAAGCUCAGCACAGACGGGACACUAAUGUAUUAGUCUACAUUAAAAGGAGGCUGGCAAUGUGUGCAAGAAAACUGGGGAGAACCAGGGAAGCUGUGAAAAUGAUGAGAGAUUUGAUGAAGGAAUUCCCUCUUCUUAGUAUGUUCAACAUCCAUGAAAAUUUGCUAGAAGCUUUGCUGGAGUUACAGGCAUAUGCAGAUGUUCAAGCUGUUUUAGCAAAAUAUGAUGAUAUAAGUUUACCAAAAUCAGCAACAAUAUGCUACACUGCUGCCCUUCUCAAAGCUAGAGCUGUCUCUGACAAGUUUUCUCCAGAGGCAGCUUCAAGAAGAGGUCUCAGCACAGCAGAAAUGAAUGCAGUGGAAGCUAUUCACAGAGCGGUAGAAUUUAAUCCACAUGUGCCAAAAUAUCUCCUAGAAAUGAAAAGCUUAAUAUUACCCCCUGAACAUAUUUUAAAGCGAGGCGACAGCGAAGCGAUUGCUUAUGCUUUCUUUCACCUUCAGCACUGGAAAAGAGUGGAAGGGGCUCUGAAUCUCUUACAUUGUACGUGGGAAGGCACUUUCAGAAUGAUCCCUUAUCCUUUGGAAAAAGGGCACCUUUUUUAUCCUUAUCCCAUUUGUACCGAAACAGCAGAUAGAGAACUUCUUCCAUGUAAGUUUGAAUCUUUUCUGGUUUUAUCUUUAAGUAAGGAAGAUUAAACAAUUUGUCUAUCAGUUGGCUCAUCAGCAAGGAAAGUUUCUGCUGUAUAACUUUAUCCAGUUGUCUCAAAGAUGCUUUUUAAAGAGGCAACUAGACUUUCUUGUUUUUCUUUGAAGAUGUUUUGCUUCUCGUCCAAGCACCUUCUUGGAUGAGAAGUAAAACAUCUUCAAAAUAAAACAAGAAAGUCUAGUUGCCUCUCGAAAAAGCACCUUUGAGACAACCAUGACCUGGAGGACUGAAAAUCGCCAUAGACAAGUUUAUCCAAUUAUUCGCAGAAUGGAAUAUAAGGCUUAUCCAUAUUUGGUUUUGCACAGAGGUCUGUCACUGCAUGAGAUGUAGCAACCAGGUUUGAGUUGAAUUACAAGCCCAUUAUUACAUUUUUGUCAGUACACUACUCCCAGAUUGAAAGUUGUAAAAUAAACUCACUAGAUUUAACAGUUAAUUCCUUUGCUAACCUGGAAUUAAAAUCUGACAUAACUGUUUUUACUGGGAUUGGGAAAGAAAAAUGUUGGUUCCUGAAGCUAAUUCAGUUUGUGCUAUACCUAAGACUUUGACGAUCCCCAAUUACUUUUUUCAUUAAAAAGCUGUGAUUAUGCGUAUUGUGAAGGAGGCAACUGUCAGAAUCCAAUCAUAUUUCAUCUUUAAUUAUCAACUAUAGAAACUCCCAAUUCUGCCUUCUUUGGAUUCUGCCAUAAGAGGGAGAGAAGGGGGAGAACAAAGGGGCUUUAUGGCCCUC